UGCUGUGAGCUGCCUCUCUGAGAAGAUGGAUCAUCUUCCUCUUCCCCUGCUGUUCUUCCUCCUAUGCUCCACAUCUGAAGCUGGGGAGAUCAUCAAAGGCACAGAGUGCAAGCCUCACUCCCGCCCCUACAUGGCUCACCUGGAAAUUGUCAGUCACGAGAGUGCAGUGAUGUACUGUGGUGGUUUUCUGAUAAGACGGAACUUUGUGCUGACGGCUGCUCACUGUGCAGGAAGGUCUAUAAUGGUCACCCUUGGAGCCCACAACAUAACAAAAAAAGAAGACACAUGGCAGAAGCUUGAGGUCACAAAACAAUUCCCUCAUCCAAAAUUUAAUUACAGUCUUGUUCAUCACGACAUCAUGUUACUAAAGUUGAAGGAGAAAGCCAAGCUGACCCUGGCUGUGGGGACACUCCCUCUUCCAUCCCAGUUCAACUUCGCCCCACCUGGGAGAAUGUGCCGGGCGGCUGGCUGGGGAAUGACAGGCGUGUGGGAACCAGGCUCCGACACUCUGCAAGAGGUGAAGCUGAGACUCAUGGAUCCCCAGACCUGCAGAUACUUCAAAACGUUUGACCACAAUCGCCAGCUGUGUGUGGGCAAUCCCAAGAAGAAAAAAUCUGUAUUUCAGGGAGACUCAGGGGGCCCUCUUCUGUGUGCUGGAGUGGCCCAAGGCAUUGUCUCCUAUGGAAAGAUGAAUGCAAAGCCCCCUGCUGUCUUCACCCGGAUCUCCCAUUACCGGCCCUGGAUCAAUAAGGUCCUGAAGGAGAAUUAACUCUGGAGCCUGGGCCAGCCCAAAAGGAAAUCUGAGCCAGGUUCUCUGUGCUACAUACUCCAGAGGUGCCUCUGGUCCCUGCAAAAGUCGUGCCAUACCUCUAAUUCUCGAGAAGGUUCCUCUAGGUCACAAAACUCUCAAUCAAUCUCAAUAAAGACUCAAG